UACACGUUUGUUUAUAACGAUGUUUAUAAACUUUAUGAUAGGUUUAACUAUAACAUAAGGGAGUGAUUUUAUAAUUUGCAUUUAAUUAGUUUUUCAUCUGUUUGGGAGAUCACAAAAUAAAUAAAAAAACACUUCAUUAAUUUCGUGGACAAAGUCUGUCAUGUUUCCAUUUAGUGACCACAAAGCAAAUAUUUGUGACAAAAUGCCAUAUUUGGAACACUGCCUAACUGCGUAUUGUGAACGGGUCCCCGGAAAAGUGUUAUGACAAAUGUUUUUUUUUUUUUUUUGGUUAGGUACUACAAGAAAGACAUUGAAGAAGUUUCAACACCAGGAAAAAAGAGGAAAAAAAGGCCGCAGGAAGGAAAGUCACUUGACACAGUCGACGAUUUCACAGUAAAUGCAAUCAGGAAUGCAAUUUACAGGAUGUACGCUGAAGGUUUGAAUGUUACAGUCGACACCAUUUUGAAAGAAAUCAGGGAAAGACAAAUAGAUUAUUAUGGUGGAAGAUCAAGUCUUCAUAAAUUGUUAAAGAAGAUGGGAUUUUCAUGGACAACUGUUGAUGGACGAAAAGCUUUGAUAGAGAAUGAAAACAUAGUAUUGAAGCGAAUAGAUUUCUUGAGAAAGUAUAAAGAAGAAAAAGAAAGAGGUGCCAAUUUCAUAUUUGUUGAUGAAACAUGGAUUUUCCAGAGAGGCAAGGCAUUAAUUUAUUUGAAAAUUUGUUCUGUGGUCCAAUACAAAGUAUUUCAUUUCCAUUUCAUAUAUUUUUCAGGAACUGUAUCAAAGUCAUGGCAGGACAAGAGUCUACAAUCUGCGAAGAGACGUACUGUUGGAGAUGGUAAAAGGUUUAUUGUUGUUAAUGCUGGAGGGCGCACUGGCUUUCUGCCAGGAGCAGGAUUACUUUUUGUUUCAGGUCAGAAGACUGCAGACUACCAUGGCGAGAUGAAUGGGGAAACUUUCUUGAUGUGGUUUGAAGACAUGUUGGUGCAUCUGGAGGAACCCAGUGUCAUUAUAAUGGACAAUGCUUCAUAUCACAGCACCCAGGUUGAGAAAACACCUACAACGAACUGGACCAAGGAUGCACUGAUCGCGUGGCUGGAGAAGAAUGAGAUAAAACAUGAAAAUAAUUUGUUGAAAGUGGAGCUGCUGAGAAUAGCUAAACAAAACAAGCCCCGAAUACGAUGGGCGAGGUGUGUGGAUCACGUGGAGAAGCUAAUUCAAGCAGACUGGGAGAGAGAAGUCCACAUAGACAGCGGCACCAUUCCUCCACUCAUCAUCCACCUCGGCGAGGAUAGUUCAAGUGAAGACAGUGACAGCGAAGAAUUUGAGGUUACGACACAGCAAGUAGAUGGAGACAGUGAAGUACUGGCAGUUCCUCUUGAUGAUUUACCCGGGUGUUCUUAUUGAGGUCUGUAUGUAAUAAACACCUGGGCAACUGUAAGUAUUGGGGUUUGAAACAUUUUUUUUUCUUUUAUGCAUUCCCAUUAAGUAUGUUGAUUACUGGAACUUUAUGUAUUAACUUUAUAUUACACAUAUUAUAAAAUUAAUAAUAAAUUUCAUUUCUGGAUUCGUAUAGGUGUAUGUGAAACAUUUUAUUUUGUUGUGUCUCUUCAUUUUUCAGUGAACUUACUUGGAAAACAAAAAGCCAGUCCCCAUCCAGGGCCACAAAUAAAUAAUGCAUAUAAGUGGUAUAGAAAUUACUGUCAAUUCUUUACCACAAUUUUACUGUUCAUAAAAUUAUGACUUUGUCUAAUAAGUAUACUCAGGAAAAUGUAUAUAACCAUAUUUUUAUUUGUGGCCUUAACCGGCAAAAUGGUAGGGGUUUAUUAAAUAAAAGAAGAAAAUUCAUUUUUAAAUGUUUUCAUCUGAAUUUGUUAAUUUUAUUAAACCUUCAAUCCUUAGUCUUUUAUAGAUUGCUUAGAUGGACAGCCAUAUGUAUAAUUUACAAUACUUUUUUUUUCAGAUGCAGAAAACUGUGUUGAACUGUACUAAAGGAUGAUAUUUAUUGCUU